AUGAAAUCUAAACGGCCAAACUUCCUGAUCAUUGUUGCCGACGAUCUUGGCUUCUCUGAUGUCAGUCCUUAUGGAGGUGAAAUCCAUACCCCAACUCUCGAAAAGCUUGCCAAAGAUGGUAUUCGCAUGACCAACUUCCACACUGCAUCUGCGUGCUCGCCAACAAGGUCCAUGUUGUUCUCUGGAACUGACAAUCAUAUUGCUGGGCUUGGCCAAAUGGCUGAACACAUGAGGCGCUUUGGAGAUUAUUUCAAAGAUAAGCCCGGCUAUGAAGGCUACCUGAACUGGAGAGUAGCUGCUUUAUCCGAGAUCCUGCAAGACUCUGGCUAUCACACCAUCAUUUCAGGAAAAUGGCACCUUGGACUGACCAAAGAGCUUGCGCCUUGCAAUCGCGGCUUCACGAAGAACUUCACAUUCCUACCGGGCUCCGGCAAUCAUCAUGCUUAUGAGCCUCAAUUAGACGAUGACGAGUUCAAGAUUCCUUGUCUUGACACGGAAGGCCAUUGGAUGGAUGGCGAUGAGUUCAUCAAUCAUAGAACGGACCUUCCUGAUGACUUCUACUCUACGCGCUAUUUCACCGAUCGUAUGAUCAACUUUCUAAAGGAGAGAGACGAGAAGGAAAGAGAACAACCGUUUUUCGCUUACCUGCCCUUCACCGCGCCUCACUGGCCCCUUCAGGCCCCACAGGAGGUGGUUAACAAAUACGCUGGAAAGUAUGACGAUGGUCCUGAUGCAUUGACACAGCGAAGACUGCAACGCUUGGUCGAUCUCGGGCUUGUGGCCAAAGACAUUGAACAUGCGCCGCCGGUUGGUGUCCUAGGUAAAGACUGGAAAGACAUGACGGAAUUGGAGCGCAAAGCGUCUGCACGGAAGAUGGAAGUCUUCGCUGCCAUGGUGGAUCUCAUUGACGAGAACAUUGGGCGAGUCAUUGAUUACCUUGAGGUGACAGGAGAGCUCGACAACACCUUUGUCUUGUUCAUGUCGGACAAUGGUGCCGAAGGUGCUGCCCUCGAGGCCAUACCUAUGAUGGGAGGAGAAACAACGUUUGCUGGGAUAGUACAAAAGUAUUAUGACAACAGCUUGGACAACAUUGGCGACAAGACGUCUUUCGCCUGGUAUGCCAAGCCCGACGCCAUCACGCAUCGUUUCACCACCGUUAUGGACAUACUCCCCACGAUCUUGGAGAUGGCUCAGGUCCAGCAUCCCGGUACAACAUUUCGAGGUCGACAAGUUGUCGUGCCCCGCGGCAAAUCUUGGGUGGACCACCUCACUUCUCCCGAUUACACGGCGCCGGGCUCGACGGUUCACGGGGAAGACGUGCACGUCCACGGUUGGGAGCUUUUCGGGCUCAGAGCGAUUCGCGAAGGCAAAUGGAAGGCAGUUUGGUUGAAUAAACCUAGGGGGAAAGAUGACUGGGAGCUAUAUGACGUGGAGAAGGACCCUGCGGAGAUGAACGAUGUAUCAGACAAGGAGCCGCAGGUGAUGCGGAGGCUUGUCGAUCACUGGGAACGGUACUAUGCAGAGACCGGGAUGACCCAGGCACCAGAAUUUGCUAUCACCAAGGCUUAG